CACCUGAUUGUUGAUACCGACAUCUUCAGCGACGUAGAUGACGUCGCAGCCCUCGUUCUCGCCGCCACCCUUCCCAACGUCUCCCUCCUUGCCGUCAACGUGAACUAUCCCUCCGCGUAUUCCCCGCUUGCGGCCUCCGCCGUCCUGAACUUCUACGGCCACCCAAAUACAUCCAUUGGCAUGCGCCGCCCUUACGCCAAUGAGAGCUUCUUCGAUGAUUGGGCGUAUGAACUGGGCGAGUACACGUCGAAAGUGGCAUAUCAUUUUUCGGGUGGGUCGUUGCCGUGGUUCAAGCCGGAAAAGUCAUGGCAGCCCGUGGACCUGUACCGCAAGAGCCUGGCGGAGAGUGCGGACUCGAGCGUAACGAUCGCUUCUAUUGGCUUCUUCGAUAAUCUUUCCGGGCUGCUGAGUUCGACUGGUGAUGCGUACUCCCCGCUUUCCGGGCCUGAACUCAUAGCCAGGAAGGUCAAGAAGCUGGCUGUCAUGGGCGGCGGUUAUCCCUCUGGUCACGAAUACAACUUCUGGGGAGAUGAUCCGCUCACCACGGCACAUGUAGUGAACAAUUGGCCCCGCACUGUACCUGUCACGUUCUUGGGCACUGAGGUUGGGGAUAACGUCCUGAGUGGGGCCAAAUUGACAACCGAGGGGACCAAGGGCGAUUUGGUGACGGCGGCAUACGGAUGGUACGUUGGAUACAAUACCACGCGAAUGUCUUGGGAUCCCUUGACUGUUCUAUAUGCGGUCACGGGAUUGGGGUCGUUGUUCGAGUACGGAAACACUGCUGGAUACAACCACGUGUUUCCCAACGGGUCGAAUGUGUGGGUUGUUGACGAAGGUGUCACGAAUCAGCAUUACCUGCAGUUAGCUAUAGAUAAUGUGACAGUGGCAAACGAGCUUGACGGCUUGUAUUUAGACGCG